AAAAAAGAGAGAGAGAGAGAGGAUUAUCGAGAUUGGUGAAAAGAGAUUCCUACCAAACGAAGGAAAAGUAAAAGCAGAUUGCUAAAGAAGGAAAGGUAAAUUUGCAGAGUGUGGGAGACAGAAUUUCAGCUUUGUUAGUCUUUAGUAGUGUUACAUCAAUCAGUUAUUGUUCCCAGCACCAACAGUUUCAGUGACGGAGGUGACUGCUAUAGCUCUCCCAUUAGAAGAAGAAGAGAAAUGGCGACGUUGUCGCAGCAACACUCCCCCGCGGCCCAUUCCUGCCGCUCUCCGCCGCCCGCUAGCGCCAUCACCUCUCCCGCAAGCUCAUCCCCCAACCGUAUAUUUUCUGAUGUAGCAGGGGAUAUUACUAUUCAUGUUAAUGGAGAGUCUUUCCUUCUUCACAAGUUUCCUCUGGUAUCUCAAAGUGGGAAGAUCAGAAAGAUGGUGGCAGAAGCGAAUAAUAAUCCAUCAAACCAUAUAGAACUUGAACUGAAUCACAUACCAGGUGGGCCCGAGGCAUUCCAGCUUGCAGUAAAGUUCUGUUAUGGCAUGAACUUUGAAAUCACAACAGCAAAUGUGGCGCAUCUACGUUGCGUGGCAGAGUACUUGGAAAUGGAUGAUGAUUAUAGUGAGGAGAGCCUCGUUUCACGUACAGAAAUCUAUAUGGAUGAAGUGGUGGCUCAUAGUCUCGAGAAGUCAGUCGAAGUCUUGGCUUCUUGUGAUGCAUUGCUACCUGCAGCCGAAGAGUUAGGGAUUCCAGGGAGAUGUAUUGACUCCAUUGCCAAGAUUGCUUGUCAAGAGCAACUUGUAUCUGGUCUAUCACAUUUGGAUUUUGAAGAUGACAGCGGAUCUCUGGAAUGGUGGGUUGAAGAUCUCUCCAUUCUUAGAAUUGACUCUUACCAUAGACUCAUUACUGCUAUGAGCAAAGCUGGGGUACGCACUAGUACCAUUGUUGCAUCAUUGAUGCAUUAUGCACAUGUAUUCCUAAAAGGUAUAGGGAAACCACACAUAUGGAACCCUGCCCGGGCAUAUCCUAUUGUGGUAGAAAACAAACAGAAACUCAUUGUCGAAAACCUCGUCACUCUAUUGCCUCAAGAGAAGGGGUCAUCAUAUUAUGUCCCAAUAAGUUUUCUAUUCGCAAUGUUGAGGAUGGCGAUCGUGGUGGAUGCCAUGUUAGCAUGCAGGCUAGAGCUCGAGAGAAGGAUUGCCUGCCGGUUAGAAAUGGUUUUACUUGACGACCUCCUCAUCCCUUCCACUCAGACAGGUGAUUCUUUGUUUGACAUCGAUAUGGUCCACCGGAUCUUGGUGCAUUUCCUGCAACGGGUCGAAAAUGAAGAGAAUGUGGAUUGUGGGUAUGAAUCUGAAGCUCUCGGCUCUCCAAGCCAUGGCUCUAUAUUGAAAGUUGGACAGCUCAUUGACGCUUAUCUAGCUGAAAUCGCUCCUGACCCGUAUUUGAGUCUUGAUAAGUUCAUCGAUAUGAUAGCGGUUCUACCAGAUUAUGCUCGUGUAUUAGACGAUGGGCUCUAUCGAGCUAUAGAUAUCUAUUUAAAGGCACAUCCAAAGCUAUCUGAGCAAGAAUGUAAAAAGCUAUGCAGGUUCAUAGACUGCCAAAAGUUGUCUCAAGAAGCCUGCAACCAUGCUGCACAAAACGACAGGCUCCCUGUGAAGAUGGUGGUGAAAGUUCUAUACUUUGAACAGAUCCGUUUGAGAAGUGUCGUGUCUGGGGAUUCAGGAGACGGAUUUCCGUCACAAAAAAUAAGCAGCGGUGUCACAAGUGCAGCUGUGUCUCCUCGAGACACAUAUGCUUCUCUGAGGAGAGAGAACAGGGAAUUAAAGCUUGAAAUAUCAAGAAUGAGGAUGAGACUAAGUGAUCUGGAAAAGGAACAAGUGUCCAUGAAACAGGGGAUGGUGGUUAAAUCAGGACAUGGAAAAAGUUUCUUAACCUCUAUAUCCAAAGGCAUAGGAAGGAUAGGUAUUUUUGGCGGUCCGGCUGGUGGGAAGCAACACAAGUAUGCGCGGAGAUCAAGGGCACCAUAAGGAAAAAACUGGUAGGAGCAAAGGAUUCUCUGGUUCAUAGUUAGGAUACGUUUUACACUUCUGACACAAUUUUGUACCUGAUUUCUAGUAUACUUUUUCGAUAUCAAGUUUUGGGUUUUUCAAGGUGAUUCAACUAGUGAUCCAAGGUGAUUCAACUAGUGAUCCAAGGUGAUUCAACUAGUGAUCCAAGCCAAUCCGACACCCACGGAUCAAGUUCAACUGGUUUAGGUGAUAAUGGUGGUUGGGUUCGAGCUUGAUGCUUGACGAGCUGUACAAAUGCGCCUUGUGUUUGGCUCGGUAGAUGUUCAAUGAGCAUUUGAUAAGUUCAAAUGUAGAAGCCCAGUUUAUGCUCAUUAACAUGUUUGUGCUCGAAUUAUUUGAUAAGUGCUUGAAUGGUAAUAGUAAAAUUGGAGUUAGUUUUAUGAAUUGACUGAAGUUAUUGUA